CCAGUAUUAAAUAAAAAUUCAAAAGCAAACAUGGCGCGUGUUGGAAGUGUUUCUUUUAUGUUAAGUUUUUUCCUUUAUUCUUUAUUGUUAUUAUGUUUUUUCACAAGCAAGGCUAGUGCAAAUAUUGACCUAGAUGAGGACAAUUGGAGACAAAUUCUAGAAGGUGAAUGGAUGGUUGAAUUUCAUGCUCCAUGGUGCCCAGCCUGCAAUGCGUUAUCCUCAGCAUGGAAGGAGCUGUCAAAUAAGGCACAGAGCAAGAAAUUUUCCAUGAAAGCUGCUGCAGUGGAUGUAACAAAGUCACCUGGCCUAAGUGGUAGAUUUGUUGUGACUGCUCUGCCAACAAUAUUCCACGUAAAAGACGGUGAAUUCCGUCAAUACAAGGGUCCUCGUGACGCAAGCUCAAUGUUAGAAUAUGUGGAGAAAGCUCGUUGGAAGCAAACAGAAGCAGUGCCCUCCUGGAAGGCACCUGAUUCAAUUCAGAUGGGUGUGGUCGCUCACUUCUUUAAACUCAGCCAGGCUUUGAGAAGCGUACACAAUAUGUUGAUGGAAACAUAUGGUCUACCAACGUGGGGAUCAUAUCUUAUUUUUGCUAUUGCCACAAUAUUUAUUGGAGCGUUGCUGGGAUUGAUUCUCGUUUGUGUUAUCGACCUCUUAUACCCCCCUCGUCGGGCUGACAAAGUGUUUAUAUCCCGAGCUGAAGCUGAAAAGAGAGGAGAAGAGAAAAAGUCGGAUGAUGACCUGAUAAAUGAUGAUAUCGUGGAUGAAGCUGAGAACGCAGAUAGUGACGCCGAGAAAAAUUCACCUAGUGAUACGUCAGACGACGACAAAGACAAGGCAAUGGGCGCGGGGGAAGGUCAGUCGGGGGAGGGGAAAGGGGACAAACAGGAGGUGCGCAAGCGCAGGUCACGGAAGGCUGACUAAAUUACUUUUCAGUGAACAAAUGGUUAUUCAUAAACAUAGUAUUCCAAUGUUAAGUUGAUUAAAUAUAAUCAUUGUUUAACUAUUUGAAGGUAUAAUGUAUGUUUAUGAAUAUGACUAAGUAUUAUUGCCAUUUUACAUUAUUUAAUCAUGAAUUUUUUUUUCAAUGAGGUUUGCAGGAAUGUCUUCUAUAAUAUUAUGGUUAUUUUUACUUGAAGUGAAUAAAUGCUAUCUCUGAACUUGUCACUCAAAAAGGAUUUUGUCAUUCUAUUUCUAAUUUUUUUAAGACUUUUUACAGAAUGUUAAAUGGCAAUGUACACUUAAGGUUUAAUAUUCUAAGUAGAAACUUAGCGCUAAGUAUGAAACUCGUAUGUCAAAAAUAAAAAGUUUUUGUCAUACAGCAGUCAUACUUUGCUAAGUCUCGACUCUGAAUCUUCCGCUCAGAUGAUGUAGGCAACUGUUAUAUUUUUGAUCAAUCUCAAUAACUUGGCUUUUCUCACUUUUCUGUCUUAAGACUGAUUUAUAAUUACUUUUUCAUCUAGUUAUUUUCUCUUGUCAUUGUACAUGUUUACAGAUUAAGACAAAAAUAAAAUGUUUGUAAUAUUUAUUGAGCGUUGAAAAUUCUUUCAUAAAUAAUUGCCUAAGAAUCUAAUCAUAUAUAUUUAAAAUACUCUUAUACUUAUGACAUACAUGUGAUUUAAUAGUCUGCCUUUUGAAGGAGGUCCUUGAAAGUAGAGCUAAUGUCUAUU